AUGGACAAGAAGGUGUGGGAAUGGCGCCGCACCAUUGAUUCACAAGAUUUUCUCAUCUCAACAUGCCGCCAAAGUCUUCCGCACUCAUUUAUCAACGACGCUUUUGGCAACGCUGCCAUGUUUUGGGCGAAACCCAUGUCAGAAGAAUCUCUGGAGGCCAUGCUGAACAACUCCUGUACUCUCGGCCUAUACAUGCUCUCUAGCAAUGGCACAAAGACGCCCAUUGGCAUGGCACGCAUGAUAACCGACUACACCACACUCGCCUACCUCACCGAUGUCUACGUUCAGCAAUCACAUCGAAAACUAGGGCUUGGACAAUGGCUGAUCCACAGCUGCCGGUCCAUCGCGCUUGAGAUACCUGGCCUGCGCUACAUGGUGCUGCUGACGGGCUCGCCGCAAGCGCAGGACUUAUACCGUCGUGAGCUUGGGGCAACUGUGUUCAACUCGAAAGAAGAAAACCUGGCAGCGAUGGGGGCUCGAAAGACAGGAUUGGCCGACGCAGCUAGUGGCUCAGGGAACGGGCCAACGCGUCUAAACGCGUAA